CUUCGUUUCUAUCGAUGGCAAAUAAUGUGUUCUAAGGGACCUGGCAUGACAAAGAGAAUGAGAUACCGAGUGUGGAAGUGGCAGUCUGUUUGCUGGUAUCAUUUCUUUCUCUUGUGGAGUACAAUAGACGGACAGGCUCGAUACACCAUCCCGGAGGAAAUGAAACAAGGUUCUGUUGUAGGAAAUUUAGCCAAAGAUCUGGGUUUGGGAAUUUCACAGAUUUUUGAGCGCAAGCUGCGUGUCGCCUCUGAGGCUGGGAAGCAGUAUUUCAGUGUGAAUGCGGGGAAGGGCGAAUUGUUAGUGAAUGAGAGAAUAGACAGAGAGGCUUUGUGCGGACAAAGUGUCAGCUGUGUGUUGUCUCUUCAGGUAGUCAUCGAGAAACCGUUACAGUUAUAUCGAGUUGAAGUAGAAAUACAAGAUAUUAAUGAUAAUUAUCCGAGCUUCCCCUCAAAAGAUGUAACAUUAGAAAUUGCAGAGUCUACAGCAGCAGGGGCAUAUUUUCCAUUGGAAAGUGCACAAGAUCUUGAUGUUGGAGUUAACUCAGUGAGGUCGUAUUCUUUGAGUAAAGACGACGUUUUUAGCUUAAGGACAAAAAAUGUUUCUGGUGGGAGAAAAGUCCCAGAGCUAGUCCUGUCUAAAUCUCUUGACCGAGAGAAAAAGGCUCAGCAUAAGCUUCAGUUGACAGCACUUGACGGGGGAAAUCCAGUAAGAUCAGGAACCUCUCAAAUAACCAUAAAUGUGCUUGAUAAUAAUGAUAAUUUUCCAGUAUUUGAGAAAAACGUUUACAAAGUUUCUAUGGGUGAAAAUAGUGUAUAUGGUACACCAGUCGUUAAACCAAUUGCAAAAGACAUUGAUGACGGUGCAAAUGGAGAGGUAGAGUAUUCAUUUGGAUCGCACACACCAGACACUGUCCUGUCUUUAUUUAAUAUCGACUCAUUAACAGGAGAAAUAUUUCUCAAAGGGAAAUUAGAUUUUGAAACAAAUACAAAUUAUGUAAUAGACAUUAGCGCUAAAGACAAAGGAACGCCUAGAAUGGAGGGACAUUGCACAAUUCAAUUAGAAGUGUUAGAUGUUAAUGAUAAUGCCCCAGAAAUUGUUUUAACCUCGCAGCCAAACUCUGUGCCUGAAGAUGCCCCGAGUGGAACAGUCAUAGCUUUGAUCAGUGCAAAGGACCUUGACUCUGGUGAUAACGGUAAAGUGACAUUAAAAAUCCCAAGGGGUUCAACAUUUAGCCUAAAACCUUCAUUCUCUAAUAAUUACGCAUUAGUUACUAACGGUGUUUUAGACCGAGAGAGCGUUUCAGAGCAUAGUGUUGAGAUUACAGCCACUGAUUCGGGCUCUCCUCCCCUAUCUAGUAAGAAAACUGUACCUGUCACCAUCAUUGAUGUGAAUGACAACCCUCCUGUUUUCACUCAGCCCUAUUACAACGUGUAUUUAAAAGAGAAUGGGGUACCAGGCUCUAUUCUCUACUCAGUAUCAGCAUCUGACCUGGAUCUAGGUGAAAACGCUAAACUUUCCUACUCCAUCUUGGACUCUAAAGUACAGGGAGUGUCUGUGUCCUCCUACGUCUACAUCAACUCUGAUAAUGGCAGCAUCUACAGCAUGCACUCGUUUGACUAUGAGAAACUGAAGGUGUUUCAGAUUCAGGUGCAGGCAAAAGACCAGGGCUCUCCGUCUCUGAGCAGCAACGCCACUGUCCAUGUUUUUAUCCUGGAUCAGAACGACAAUGCCCCCAUUGUCAUUUACCCCUCCUCCGCUGCCCUGGGCUCCCUCUCUCAUCAGAGGAUGCCCCGCUCCGCUAAAGCGGGACACCUGAUUACCAAGGUGACAGCCGUGGACGCCGACUCGGGCCAUAACGCCUGGAUCUCCUAUAAGCUGGCGGAGGCCACAGACGCUUCUCUGUUCACUGUCAAUCUUUACACGGGGGAGGUGAGGACUAAACGCGCCGUCUCUGAGCAGGACGACUCCUCUCAGAGGCUGCUUAUAGAGAUCAAGGACGACGGGGAACCGGUCCAGUCCGCCACGGUCACGGUGUCCGUCCUGCUAGAGGACGGCCUCCAUGAACCCAUCUUGGACCUCCGACAGAAAACAGCCGAGCCCAGCAAGAAAAACGGCAGAAUCACCCUUUAUUUGAUUCUCUCUCUGGCCUCGGUGUCUGUGCUGUCUCUGAUGACUUUUCUCAUCUUAGCUGUUAAGUGUAUCAGGAACAGCAGAAGCAGCGGCAGUUGCUGCAUGAGACGGAGCGACUGUGACGACUACAAGAACCCCAACAGAAACCUGCAGAUUCAGCUCAACACUGACGGACCUAUUAAGUACGUGGAGGUCCUGGGAGGAGACAUGUUGUCUCAGAGUCAGUCCUUCAGGUCCUGUAUGUCUCCCAUGUCAGAGUACAGUGACUUCACCUUCGUUAAGCCCAGCAGCACCACUGACUUUAAGGAGAUGAUCAGUGUCCUGGAUGCGUCUUUACCCGACAGCACCUGGACCUUUGAGAGUCAACAGGUGAGAAUGAACAAGAUGUGCAAUGUUAAACAAAUUUUCUUCCAUUGCGUAAGAUCUUCGUUUGUGGCCUAA